AUGGGCAGUGGCGUACCCAUCAGCACCACUUAUCCCAUGGAGACUGGUGCUCCUCAGGUUGUCUACACCUCAUCGCCAUAUGUGAUGCCUGGUGCUGCCUCCAUCAGUGCCAUGCCCAUGACCAGCUAUACCACGAUGCCAAUAGCGUACAGCGGCUUGGACCACUCCCAGGGCAAAUGGUUCGCCCCGGGCGAGGCUUUGCCGCCCGGAUUCAUCAUCACGGCUCACCCAGAGGGCCACACAGCACCACAGGAGGGCCACAUGAUGACCGACAAGGCCCGCGAGAGCUUUGUGAUCACCACCGGCACCGCCGGAAUCAAAACUGGUAACAUUUGUUAUCCUGUCAAUGCUCCAAUGCUGCGCCAGACCAAGAAGAGCAAAAAGAAGAAGUCCAGCGGCGUGGCGACUGAGCCGAUGCCAGUGACUGAUGCUGUCCCUGUGACCAGCGCUGUAUCUGGGGCUGCAGUGGCGUCAAUGCCGUGCGGCAUUCAGCAGCGACUGACGAGGGUCCGGGUUCUCCUUCAUUGGGGGCCUGCACCAGGGGUAUUGCCACCAGGGGUCGCUGCCGAUUCAGUGUAUCCACUCCCUGUGUAUACAGCUGCUGAGAUGGCUGGUUUCCGGGCAGAGGCCCAGAGAGAGGUGGCAGCUGCCCUGGCAGCCGGCGGAGGCGGCUUGGCUGGGGCAGCAGUUGUGGCUGCUCCUGUAGCCAUAGCUGGGGCCCCCCAUGUCGUCCCAGCUGGGGCAGUUGCUGCCUCCCGGGUCCCGGGUCAGUUGCAGUGGUUGGCAGCAGAAAGCAGGUGUGGUUAUAAAUUUGGCGAUGUGGUGAGUGGCAUUGCAACAGUUCCAGUGGAGAAUGGUCGCAUUGUGCAGGUUUUGCCAGAUGGGCAGUCGAUUUUUGUGCAGUGCGUCGAUGGUGGGAAGCUGGAUGAGUUUCUGGGUGUGCCAGCGUUGUCAGAUCACCGGGUUUUGCCGGUGAAGUACAAUGCUAUGGGUGUGCCUGAGCGCUCGCUGGCUGAGGUGGCUGCCACCUGCCGUGAAGAGCCAGUGAAAUGGUCUCUCCCUGGGCCGAGGACAGCGAAGUGGUGUGUGACGUACCUGAGCGUCGAGGCAAUUGGUUUCGAAGCUCACCACGAGCGACUGCGAUCUUUGUGCAAGCUGGAGCCCAACUCAUGGGGGGUCCAGGAACAUUUCCAGUUGUCAAUGACUCUGCGACACGCCUUGCAAAUUGACCAAGUUGAUGGUUUCAAUCUGGUUUUUGUCGAAGUGAUGUUCAGGCGUUUGCAGACCAUUGAGUAUGCGCAUUCUGAAAGAGCGAGGGAGGCAGAGAGCAAGAGCGUGGGGGGCCGAUUGUCCAUCGAAGAGCAACAAACCUUCGGUGGUCUUGUCAGGCAUGCUGCAACGCUGAUGAUCUGCCCAAGCCUUUUGGAUCAUGUCAAAUCCGAGGUCGAGAAGGAGGUCGGUCUUCAGAAGAACAUGAGAAAGAUUCGAGAGGAAAGGGAGGCCGCAAGAAAAGCUGGGAACAAAGGCAAGAAGCAAGGCUUCCUCGACAAGGCCUUUCCCGGAGUUGUGCGCGCCGGCUGCUGCGUGGCAAUGCAGUUGAGUUUGGCUCAGUCUCGUGCUCUGGAAUUUGUGACGCAAUCAGUGCAUGCGAUGGGUGCUCCUCCGGAGGAUCUAUCUUGUCAAGGAGCUCUUGAGAUGCUUCGGACAACUGGGGUGUAUGGGGGGGACCAGGCCCCAUCUGCUCUUGGUUCUUACAAUCCCGCUUUGCUCUCGUUGCCAAACGAAGGAAAUGUUCCCGUGCCUUUGGAAGAUUUAUGGGGGCAGGGCGGGCCCGAGUUUGUGGGGACGUUCGUCCGCAAUGUGAUUCUGCCCGAGAGUGUGGCCAAGUCAAAGAUCAAGGCCACAGGAUUGAGACAGUGCUACAGCGACCCUUUGCUUCGUCAUCCCAAAACCUUCGCACAGCUGGUCAGACGGCUGCAUGAUUGCGGCCUUGUAAGCUAUAGCCUGGAGCCCUCAAAGUCCUAUGUCGAGCUUUUCUUUGUAAAGAAGAAGAAUGGCAUGUUGCGUAUGGUUGUGGACUGUAGACAUAGUAAUGAAUGGUUCGCUCCCCCUAUUGGUGUUGCCUUGUCUACUGGUGAUGCUUUGUCGAGGAUUGAGCUUAGUCCACAUGACAAUUUGUAUUUUGCCUCCGCUGACCUCAAAGACGCUUUUUAUCAUUUGGAACUUCCUCAUGGUAUCCGUCAUCUGUUUGGUUUACGGGGUGUUCGAGCUGGAGACAUAGGUAUUGCAGCACUUCGGGAUUCGGGUUUGGUUGUGCAUGAGGAGGAACAAUCUAUGGGUAGUGCUCAGAUUUUGGGUUGGGAGUUUUCUUCAGAUGGUACCCUUCGACCCACAACACGGCGUCUUUGGAAGGCUGACGAUGUGGUUGCACAUGGUUGGGAUCAGCAACAUGAUGAUGCAGAGGGCUUCGACGAGUGGUUCAACAGAUAUCUGCUUUAUGCCUUUGCUCAAGCGUUUGUCUUCAUACCCGUUGGUGCCCCUCAGAAUGGAAUCCAGCGGAUAGCCCAUCAAGAGGUGGGUGGAAAGCUUCGACUCCUCAGCGGCAUUUGGGUCAUGGUGAUCCACCGGUGCCUGGAUGUGAGGCCUUCUCCAGCUCCAAGCCAGUCAUCCAGCCAGAGACAAAGCAGAAGAUCAGUAGCAAGGACUCGACAAGCUGCAGUCUCGAUGCCUGCACGACAGCAGGUGCAACAGACCGUGCUACAGUGGUCGUCAGUGACAGCGGCGACAAGAGCAACAUACCUUCGCCAUUGGAGUCAGUUCUCAAACUGGUCACUUCAGAUGGGGUUAGCACUUGGCAGCAGCGACGAGGUCGACAGAGCCCUGACGCUGUAUCUCGAGGAGUGCUACCUGGACGGAAGCGACUUGAGUUUGGGUCGAUAUGUGGUGGCGGCUGUAACGUUUGUUCGGCCGGAUCUGCGGAGCCCAGCGAUGCAGAAGUUGCCAGGCACAAAGCAAAGUCUUCAGGGAUGGCGCAAUUUGUGCCCACCUCAGAGCCGCUUGCCGGUUCCUUGGGAAGUGGCUUGUUUGGUGAGCGCGUGGGCCUUCAAGCAGAAGCUUUGGCAAAUGGGAGUGGGGCUACUUCUGAUGUUUGCUAUGUACCUGCGGCCAGCCGAACUUUGCAGGCUGAAAGUCAGGGAUGUUGUCUUCCCAAAUGCGAGAUUGCGAAGACGCCAUCAAAAGACUGUGGUGACUUUGCACAGUUUCGAGGACGGCAUUCCGUCAAAGACACACGAGUUCGACGAGACCAUCGAGCUCGACCUGGACCACCACCAGUUCCUGACCCCGAUGCUUCAGAACAUGAUUUUGAAGUUGCACCUCCAGAAGGACAGUUCCCUUUUCAACCUAGAGGCAAGUCAGAUCCGGGACUUCCUGCAAGAAGUCCAAAUGAAGCUGCACAUCAACAACAUAGGACCUCUCCAUCCCUAUCGGUGGAGACAUGGAGGAGCCAGCAUGGACUUCUGGGAAAAGCACAGGGAUCUGGUGUCAAUACAGAAGCGGGGUCGAUGGCGGGCAAUGGCGUCCGUCAGAAGAUACGAGAAGGGGGGGCGUUUGGCUCAGCUUCUCAGCAAGCUCCCCGAUACUACACAGGAGUUGGCCACGUGGGCAAGCGAAAACAUAGACGAGGGCUACUACAACCCGAGCGAUUCGCAACCUUUAGGUUUCAGUGACCUUGGUUUUGCCGAUAUGGUCAAAGUUCGGGAGGGCAAUCUUUGGAUGCGUUUUUCGGCUCAGGUUUUUAACUUGUGUAUGAAGCUACAUAUUCCAGUAACCAUGGAGAACCCCUUCCGGUCUCGUAUUUGGCUGUGUCCUCCCAUCAAACAUUUGCUGCGACGAAAACAGUGUUACAGUGUUGAUGUUGAUUACUGUGCUUUUGGUACUCGUUGGCGUAAGCGAACAAAAUUCCUUUACUAUGGUGUCAACCUUGAACAUUUGGGCGUUCAUCGCUGCUGCAAUUCAAAACGGGGGAUUUGUGCUUUUUCUGGCAAACCUCAUCUUCAAUUGAUGGGGGUUACCAAGUCAGGCGUUUUCAUGACCAAAUUGGCUGAACCCUAUCCUGUGCAGUUGUGUCUUAACAUUGCACAUGCUUUUUUGGAUUGGCACACUGAAGUUAUCGCUAACAAUUUUUGGCGGCGACUGUGGCCAGACAGCAAAGCAACCAUGGGUGGCUGA